ACUUUAUGGAAUAUUUGCAAGAGAUUCUCACUACCACAAGAUGUAUUUAAUGCCCUUGAACUCGACUAUUAUCCUGGACGAGAUGAACGAGCUCAUCCAGCAUGCCGCCUGGGAAAGGUUCUGGUUCCAAGGCAUGGGAAAAUCCUAUUACAGCCAUGACCUGAAUACCAAAAUGUUCCAAUUUUUUUCCGAGUUAGGGUUAUAUCCCGCGAAUUGGAACUGGAGAAUAUAUAAAUUCGAGACACCAGCAAAAAUAACUGUCAAAGCAAGCCCAGUGUUUGUUGCCCCUCUAGCUGAGGGCGCGGUUGUCGCUCCCGAGGGUAGGCUGGACAAGGGGAUUUUGUACCUUUUUCAGAGAUACGCGAAAGUACAUUGCAGGUAUACGAAUGGUCUUCGUGGAACCUGGGCAUUGUAACGCGAGAUUUCUGAGAAGAGAAGAUAUGUUGUUUGUCCAAGGUGCCGCUUAGCCCAAUCGCCGACCUCCUCCGAACUCGUGAGCAGGCUCUAACAGCUCUUGGUCGAGUCGUCAAAUUUUCUGCU